AUGACCUGUGAUGCUAAUUUUAUGGUGACCAACUGUGUUGCCAAGUGGCCAGGAUCUUGUCAUGAUUCAAGGGUUUUCCGAGAAAGUGUUCUCUGUCAGCAGUUUGAGAAUGGUCAGCAUAAUGGUAUACUUUUGGGGGACUCCGGGUACCCUUGUCGGACAUAUCUAAUGACGCCUUACAACAAUACCAAUGAUGUCAGGUACAGAGAGCGAUACAACAGUGCACUGUGUAGAACACGAGUCCUUAUCGAGCAGACAUACGGCAUACUAAAGAGAAGAUUCCCUUGCCUUUCCAUUGGCCUUAGAACAAGCCCAGAAAGAGCCUGUCAGUAUGUGAUAACCUGUGUUGUCCUGCAUAACAUAGGGAUCCUGAGGCAAGAUAUUGUGUCCCUUGUUCCACGUGACCUAAUCAUAGCCGGCCCAGAUGUGGAUGAGAUCAAUCACGGUAACAACAAUGGUUUUGGAUACAGAGAACUCAUUGCCAGACAAUGUUUUGAUUACUAA